GUGGGCCUAUCCCGGGGCCUGCCAGGACGCCUGCCCGCCCCGGACCCCCUCUCCUCCUCCCCAUCCCCGGCGGCUCGGCCAUGGCUUCCCUGCUCUGCCUCCUCCUCCUCGCCACCGCCACCGCCACGUCGCCAGGCCGCCUGGUCCCCUACGACCUGCUGUACGCGGACGGGGUGCGAGCGUACUUUGCCCGGGACUGGGGGCGGGCGGCCGAGCUGCUGCAGCGAGCCCUCCACAGCUACGCGGGGCUGCGGGCGGCCCGCCGCGCCUGCCGCACCGCCUGCUGCCGGGAGGCGGCCUUCCUCGGCGGGCCGCUGGGGACCGGGCCCUGGGAGGCCGCCCUCUUCGGCCGGGUGCUGCAGCGCGCCGACUGCCUGCAGCACUGCCUGGGGCGCCGGCUGGGCGCCGCGCCCUCCGCCUACCGCGCCAGCCAGGCCAUCCGCCGGGACUUCGACCAGAGGGAGCCCUACAACUACCUCCAGGUGGCCUUCUUCCAGCUGAAGAAGCUGGAUCAGGCCGUGUCUGCUGCUCACACCUUCUUCGUCGCUAAUCCCCAGCACCUCCAAAUGCGGGAGGACAUAGAGAAGUACCGUCGUAUGUCAGGGGUGAAGUCGGACAACUUUCGUGACCUGGAGGCCAUGCCACACUGGGAAGCAUAUGAAGCUGGGGUGCGGCAUUACAAUGCAGAUGAGUACCUACAGGCUGCGGCCAGGCUGGAGGAGUCACUCACAGAGGCACUGUCAGCACUGGAAGAAUGUCGUGCCCUGUGUGAAGGGCCUUUGGAGGAUGAGGACGAGGAGGAGGAGGAGAUGCAACCUGGCCUGUACGAAGCCAUUGCAGCCCAUUAUAUUCAGGUUUUGAAGUGCAGACAGCAGUGCGUCCUUGAAAUUGCCACAAAGCCUGGGCGUAUUUCUGCCACGGAAGAUUUCAUACCAUCUCAUCUUGAUUUACUGCAAUUUGCCUAUGAUCAAGCUGGGAACCAGGCACUGGCUGCUGAAUGUGCUGCUUCCUACUUGCUCUUCUAUCCCACGGAUGAGCCAAUGUUGGAGAAAAUGAAACAGUAUCGCACAGAACUGGGAGAGGACACAGCUGUCACAGCUAGAGAGAGUAUUCAACAUUAUGUGCAGAGAUCCUUGAUGGAGAAGAAGUUGAUUUAUUAUGCAGUGGAGCAUCUAGGAGGAACUUUUGACGACCCUGAUCUUUGGACUCCAGAUGAGCUGAUUCCUGAAAACCUAAAGGAGAAACACAGAGAGGAUCAGGAGAAGGAAAAGCAGGAAAGUCUGGAUGUGGAAGAGAGGGAGAAGAGGGAGCCUCAUCCCAGUAGGCUGGACCUGUUCUGCUGCUGCGAUCCACAGUGUCCUUUGCCUUUUGAGGGUAUUGCUGUCACAAUGGAUUCCCGCCAGAUGAAUGGAACCCAGAGGGUUGUGUUCGACAGAGUGCUGACUGAGAGUGAAUGUAAGGACCUUCUCCGGCUGACAAAGGCAGCAGGAGAAGCAGGAGAUGGCUACCGGGCAAGACGGUCACCUCACACCCCACAUGAGAGAUUUGAAGGGUUAACCAUUUUGAAGGCCAUGCAGCUGGCCCAGAAUGGGGAUGUGGACUGGAGAGACGCCAAAUUGCUUCUGCAGGCCAGUGAGAAAUCACGGAAAAUCAUAGAGUCCUAUUUUACUCCUGGAAAGAAACUCCAUUUCUCAUUCACACACCUUGUAUGCCGCACGGCUGUAGAUGAGGAACAGGAAGGUCGCAUGGAUCUUAGUCAUCCUGUCCAUGCUGACAAUUGUCUCUUGGAUCCUGAGGGGCAAGAGUGCUGGAGAGAACCACCUGCCUACGUGUACAGGGACUACAGUGGCAUUCUCUACCUCAAUGAUGACUUCCAAGGUGGGGGCCUGUUCUUCACUGAAAUGGACACCGUGACUGUCACAGCUGAGGUGCAUCCUAAGUGUGGGAGGCUGGUGGCCUUCAGCUCUGGCAAAGAGAACCCCCAUGGCGUGUGGGCAGUUAGCCGUGGGAGGCGCUGCGGCAUUGCUCUCUGGUACACACACUCCAAGGAGCAUGCUGAGCAGGAGCGGGUAAAGGCAGAGGAGCUGUUGGAGCAGAGGGCUAUGGAGCAGGACCAGCCUGAUGGAGAACGUCAGGGGGAUGAUCACAGUGGCAGAUCAUCCUCAGAGCUUCCUGAUCACAGUGGCGGAGCCAGGCUCACAAGCCGGAGACACAAGCCUGGCUCAAACAGGACGCAGCACCCCAAGGAAUUGCGGGCCAGAGAUGAGUUCUGAGUAUGCAGGAUCCUGGGGGCAGGCCUGGCACACACUAUGGCCUGGCAGGUCUUGGUAGCACCAAGACUUCAGAGGCCUGGAACAGUGUAUUAGCAUGCUAGAGCCAUAGUGAUGGGGAGGGAUGCAGCUUUCUUCUCUGUGACAUCCCAGCAGCUGAAAAAUGGGAACAGGGACAGAGUAUUAAAGUCAGUGACACCAGGAACUUU